AUGCAAUUUAGAACGUGUGUUUAUUUUGCCGAGUGGACUGUCUACGACAACCAUACACCUGCGGACAUACCGUUGGAGGCUGUCACCAACAUCUUCUAUGCCUUUCCCAAAUUGGGCCAUAACUCGAUUGAGUGGAAAGAUAAAUUUGCUGCUGUAUCACAACAAUUGCCACUGCCAAUGAAUAAUGACAGGACUUCCGAAACAGUAUCUGGCAAUGUUGGUCAAUUGAUGGCACUCAAACGGCUCAAGCAUUCGCUCAAGGUAAGUCUCAGUAUUGGCGGAGCAGACACCCACCAAAUAUUUCGCCAAAUCAUACGAGCAGGUAUUCCGCAUUUCUCUAAAGCUGUAUGUGAAAUGUUGGACAACCAUGGGUUUGAUGGAGUGGACAUUGAUUGGGAAUACCCCAAAACUGCUGGUGAUGCAGAAGGCCUACUGCGACUGGUGGAGGGGCUGAGAUCCACGUUGGACUUGCUAGAAAAACGGCGAGGACUUGCACCUGGAACCCUUCUUUUAACUGUUGCAGUACCUGUUGAUCGUGAGUAUCGAAAAUUGCUCAGGAUAGCGGAAAUGGACCCGCAUGUGUCAUUUUGGAACGUUAUGGGCUAUGACUACGCUGGCUCAUGGUCUACAAUGGCUGCCUAUCAGUCGAACCUCUAUGCUGGAGAAAAACAGAUUUCAUCUAGUGAAGCAAUGAAGUUCUAUAAUACCAAAAUCGAGGCUUCAAAAUUGGUGCUAGGGAUGCCAAAUUAUGGAAGAGUAUUCUAUGAUAGUGACGGUGUUGGCUAUGGGUUUGACAGCCGGGCAGGAGAUGUUGAACUGAUCAACUACAGAGAGCUGCCUUUGGCCAACACCACGGAAAUUUACGACCCAAAACAAGUUGCCGCCUAUUGUUAUGAUAAAGAAAACCGUGUAUUGGUGACAUAUGACAAUCCACAGAGUGUUCGGGCCAAAGCCAAAUACCUUCGCGAUAAUGAGUUUGGAGGAGGCAUGUGGUGGGAUUCCAGUGGUGACCGAUACGACAAUCCGCAAAGGUCUUUGCUGGCAAAUUUUGUAGAUGGUCUUGGAGGUAACCAAAUGUUGUUCAAUGAGACUAAUGACAAUUGGAAGUCUGACGGUGUUACUAAUGGCACAAACACCAAUGCUGGUGUGCGGCUCAACAGAGGUGGUCUGGACGCUUUUCACCUGCUGCUGCUCGUCUGGGUUAUUGUGUGGGCUUUGGAAUAA